AUGACAGAAUCUUCCUUAAAACUGAAAGCAGAAGGUGAACCUGGCUCUUAUGAGGCACCAGGACCAUGUGAUACUUCAACGUUUGUUAGUUCAAAAGUUAGUCAUAGAGAAACUCUUUCAACUGAAAAUACAGAAGUUGAAUUAGAAGAUAUGCUGGAUAUAAAUUCCAAGAAAACUGAAGACAUAAAUUUAAAACUCCUUUUUGAUCUACCACCUUUAAAUGACUGGAAAACUAAAAAGAACGUCAAGGAAACAAAAACAAUUGAUGAGAACUAUUCAAUUGGGAUUGAUAUGAUUCCACAUCAAAGGGAGCUUCUAACCCAAAAUAGAGGUAUUAAUUUUACCAUGAUGGUUGCAGGUCAAGUUGGUAUAGGUAAAACAACAUUUGUGAAUACCUUAUUCAAUUCAACUGUUUUGGAACAUAAUUCUGCUAAUAAAAACAAGGCACAAAGCCAUACAAGAACAAAAUCUAUCAUGAGUUAUAAAACCCAGCUGAUAUUUGAUAAAACAGUCUUAAACCUUAAUAUUAUUGACACACCUGGUUUUGGAAGUAAGAUUGACAAUUCUUUUUCCUGGGUAACUUUGGUUGAUUAUAUUGAAGAUCAAACUAGAAGGUUAGUAUUUCAAGAUGAGCAACCAGAUAGAAGUCUUAGACAAGAUAAUAAGAUUCAUUGUUGUUUAUAUUUUCUAGAACCAACAAAUAAGGGAGUUGCCUCGCUAGAUAUUAUCACAAUGAAAGCCUUAGCACCUAAAGUGAAUUUGAUUCCAGUAAUUGGAAAAGCAGAUUGUUUAGAUGAAAAUGAAUUGGAAAAUUAUAAGGAAACUGUUAAGUCUAUUUUGAAACGGUAUAACAUCCAACCAUGUCAAUUCUUGAAUAAAAAUGAUAAAAGUUUUUCUGAAUUAUUUGACAGUAUCCCAUUCAGUGUUAUUUGUUCUGAAACAAUGGUUAGAAACAAUGAGAAUGUGUUAGUCCGUGCCAGAAAAUAUAAAUGGGGAACUAUAGAAAUUGAAAACUCGAAACAUUCUGAUUUUACAAAAUUAAGGGAAUUAUUAAUAGGAAAGCAUUUAGUUGAUUUUGUAACUAGUGCUGAAAUAUAUUUUGAAAAAUGUAGAACAGAACUAUUAACAAUAAGACUACAAGGAGCUUCAGAAGCCCUGACAUUAGAAGACCAAGAUUCCAUUUUACAACAACAAGAAAUAGAUAUUCUCAAAACUCUUAAUUACGAUAAUUAUGACUCAAAUGGUCUCAAAAAUUAUGCUUGCUAUCAAAUAUUUAAUAAAAAAUAUGUUCAAGAUGUUUUAAUUCAACAAAAGCAGGAAUUCCAAUUUACUAAGGAAGAAAUGAGAAAAAAACUCUCCCUUGUAUUUGAACUGAAAAAUGAGAAAUUCAAAAAUUGGGAGAAUUCGUUAGAAAAGAAACAAUCAGCCUUUAAAAAAAUGGUAGAAUCUGAAAAAAGAAUUCUUUAUGACCUGAACAAUGAAUGUGAAGCUUUACAAAUGCAAAUAUCAAGUGUACAAAACAAUAAUAAUUCAAGCAAAGAGGCUAUUAAACAGAAAGUUUAA